AUGGAUCGCCAGGAGCACGACCAGCAGGCGCCUGGCCGGCGCCGCCUCCGCAGCGAUGGCCCCGCGGAGGCCCCGCUGCCACUACGUCCGCAGCGCCUCGGCGGGCCGCGCCAGCGCACUGAGGAGCAACGGAAUGACGACGGCAUGGCGCGAGCGCGGCGCGACCUGAAUCGCCUCAUCGUGAGGAAGGUUGCGACCGCCCAGCGCCGCGUCAUCGACGCAUCGCCACGCGAGGAGUGGCCAGCGUUGCGCGCCGUCCACUCGACGUGGGCGUCAAGGGCCCCAACUGUCUUGGCCAUGUUCAAGCCACACGAGUGGCCCGUCGGUGCGUCACACGACCACCAGUAG